GUUUCUUUUUUCAUUUUUUUUUCUUUUCGUUUUCCGUUUUCAUUUUUUCUCUUUUCGUUUUCCGUUUUCAAAGUCCUUUCGUCGCCUUUUCCUUCUCAGAUUACAGAGGAAUUAGACAGGGUUGAAUUUGAGUUCGGAGAUGUUAGAGCAGUUACUGAUAUUCACUAGAGGGGGUUUGAUCCUCUGGACAUGUAAAGAGCUUGGAAAUGCUCUUAGAGGCUCCCCAAUUGACACAUUGAUUCGUUCGUGUCUUUUGGAGGAACGUUCAGGUGCUGCAUCAUACAAUUAUGAUGUUCCUGGAGCUGCAUACACUCUUAAAUGGACUUUCCACAACGAACUCGGGCUUGUUUUUGUUGCUGUCUAUCAGCGGAUUCUCCAUCUUUUGUAUGUGGAUGAGUUGCUUGCUAUGGUUAAACGUGAAUUCUCUGAGAUUUAUGAAUCCAAAAAGACUGUAUACAAUGAAUUCGAUGAUAUUUUCCAGCAGCUCCGGAAAGAGGCCGAGGCUCGUGCUGAGGAUAUCAAGAAAUCGAAGCCGGUGACAAAGCCUGUCAACAAUAAUCUUGGUAAGAAGCAAGGCCAGGUGCAAAAGGGUGGUACUAAUGGAGGCAACAAUAAAAAGGGUGGUAGUGACUCAGGAAACGAUGGUGGAGAUGGCGAUAAAGUGAAAGGGGAUGUUAAGGAGAAUGGGCAUUCUAACGGAAGUAUUGUAAAUGGAGUAGUGCAGGUUAACGGUAAAGAGAACAGGAAUUCCGCUGCUGGGGCUUUUGAUGUAAAUAAGCUACAGAAGCUCAGGGUUAAAGGUGGAAAGAAAGCAGAUACUGUUGUAAACAAAGGCUCCAAGGCAGAGCCUACAAAAAAGAUAAAGAAGAAUCGAGUUUGGGAUGAUUCACCUUCUGAGCCAAAAUUAGAUUUCACAAAUCCUGUGAGUGAGAAUGGGAAUGAGAAUGUGACAGUUGUGGCAGCAGAACAAGGUGACAGUAUGAUGGACAAAGAGGAGAUAUUAAGUAGUGAUAGUGAGACCGGGGAUGAUGAAGAACCAUGGAAAGACAACAAGGUUGAAGCAAAGAAGAAAGGCUGGUUCUCAUCCAUGUUCCAGAGUUGGUUGACCAGUUUUGUGCAUAUUUUACAGGCUGAGGAAAUAGCUGAAAAGCUGUGUGAAUCAGUUGCAGCAAGUCUGGAGGGUAAAAAACUUACCUCAUUUACAAGAAUAUCUUCAACAGUUCAGGCAGCAAUGGAGGAGGCUCUUGUCCGCAUUUUGACUCCCAAGCGCUCCAUUGAUAUUCUAAGGGAUGUUCAUGCUGCAAAGGAGCAAGGAAAACCAUAUGUUGUGGUUUUUGUUGGAGUUAAUGGAGUUGGAAAGUCUACCAAUCUUGCUAAGGUUGCUUAUUGGCUUUUGCAGCAUAAUAUCAAUGUCAUGAUGGCUGCUUGUGACACAUUCCGGUCAGGAGCAGUUGAACAGCUACGCACUCAUGCACGUAGGCUUCAGAUCCCAAUAUUUGAGAAGGGGUAUGAGAAGGAUCCUGCUAUUGUUGCUAAAGAAGCAAUUCAGGAGGCUAACCGAAAUGGUUCCGAUGUUGUUCUUGUCGAUACAGCUGGUCGGAUGCAGGAUAAUGAACCAUUGAUGCGAGCAUUGUCAAAGCUUAUAUAUGUCAAUAGUCCAGAUCUGAUCCUUUUUGUUGGAGAGGCACUUGUCGGCAAUGAUGCUGUUGAUCAACUGUCAAAGUUUAACCAGAAAUUGGGUGACCUCUCACCUUCACCAAAUCCGAGGUUAAUUGAUGGAAUUUUGCUGACCAAGUUUGACACUAUCGAUGACAAGGUGGGUGCAGCGUUAUCCAUGGUUUACAUAUCCGGAGCCCCGGUCAUGUUUGUGGGAUGUGGGCAGUCAUAUACAGACUUGAAGAAGCUGAAUGUUAAGUCCAUUGUCAAGACACUCCUCAAAUGAGAUUUCCAUGUCCAUCUAAGCCUUUGUUUGGCUUUUAAGAUGUUGUCCUUAGAAAAAAUGAACACUUUGUAAUGCUUGCUGGUGUUUGUUUGUAUAUACUCUCCCAUCUGUGAUCUCACUA